UCAAAUUCUAUUCUGCAGCUUUCCGAGCCGAUACAUUUCAACAAUAACCAGAAAUCCGUGCCGCUUCCGUUGAGCAGACCACCAGUGUCCAGGAAUCAAGCCGUCGUGUCUGCGUGGGGUAAAAUGUCUGACCACGACGAUGUCUCCAACAUACUGCAAUACUUGUACCUGAACAUCAUCGACCUUAAGGAAUGCCAGAAGUAUCACGACCUCGACGUUAGUAGCAGCGCUAUCUGUACUUUCAACAAAGUCGGAGCCGGCUUGUGCAACGGCGAUAGUGGAAGCCCAUUGGUGUUCAAUGGUCGCGUUGUCGGUGUCGUUUCUCGUGGCAUCCCUUGCGCUCGUGGUAUCCCCGACGUUUUCACCAGCGUUUACGACACACUCUCCUUCGUCAAAAGUCUUGCCGACCCGGUCACUGAGAACAGCAAUCAGAAAAUACUUCACGUGGCUACUCAGGAUCCACCUGUUGGAGCAGAGCUCAGGUUGACAGGCUGGGGACGAACGACUACAUCGGGAACAGGACCACUGCCAGAUAACCUACAAACGACGACUGUACGCCUCUUGAGCAAUCAAGAGUGUCAGUCGAAAGUCGGACAAUACCCAAUCGGCAAAGGGCACAUGUGCACUUUCAGGCAAAAGGGAAUCGGAGCUUGCUUCGGUGACAGUGGUGGUCCCCUGGUCUACAACAAUCAACUCGUCGGCGUUGUCUCUUGGGUCUUCCCGUGCGCCCAAGGAUUGCCUGACGCUUUCACUCGUGCCAGUCAAUACACAAGUUUCAUCAACCAAGUUAUAAAUAAAACAUAA